CGUAUUAUAUCUAUAGACGUGCAAGAUGUUUACCGAUUUAGUAAAACAGAUUGCAAGUAUUUUAAGUGUGCUUAGAACUAAGUAUAGUGGCAAAACCGUGAGGCAAGGGAUAAUUAAGUGUGAUAAGGCUAGACGUAGGAUUCAAGAUUCGAUGCGUAGGUCAUUAUCCAUAGGUGAAAGGCAACAUCUUGAGGCUUGUUUACGUAAUAUUAAAUCGAUGCGUAAACACUUUAAAUUAGAACAAAGGAGAGGCUUGGGUAUAUCUUUGAAUAAAGGAACCUCCACUUCGGCUUUUAGUAAUAGAAAAGAAACCGCAAAAGAUCGCGUGCAUUGGGAUGACUCCAUUUCGGCUUUUAGCAAUAGAAUACGAACUGGAGUUAUCACUAAUCUUAAACAUAAAGACCCCGGCAACUUCUUAAUGGAUUGUAAGACCAUCUUCAAAAGCCGAAUUCAUAACGCGUUGAAGCAAGAUGAGGCUGUGAAAAUAAAUGCGAUUUUUUGCGGGGAAUUUGUGAUUACUCAAGGUGAAAAGAUGCUUAAUGAGUAUAAGUACUUUACAACAUCAAAUGCGGCAAUAUAUAGGGAUACUAACAUAGAUGAGUGGUUUAAGGAGAAGGUUGAGAAACCAAUAAUGAAGAAAUUAUCGGAAUUUCAAGAACGUGAUAGUGGUUGGGGACUUAGUGCCGUUGUUAAUUUAGGAGUGAACAUUAACAAAUUUACACCUCAACUUGGCUCUUCAUAUAUUGAGUUACCUGUCCUGAUUAAGAGAAAAGAAGCUUGUAUCAACGUUAAGAACGAUGACAAUGCGUGCUUUGCGUGGGCGGUGGUUUCAGCGUUGUAUCCUGUUGAUAAACAUCCUCAAAGAAUAUCCAAAUACCCUCACUACUCUUCCGUGCUCAAGCUAAAAGGGAUCCAGUUUCCGAUGACUAUGCGACAAAUUCCGAACUUUGAAAAACAAAACAACAUCUCCAUUAACGUGUAUAUUCUGAAGAAGGAGAAAAAAGACCAAUUUAAUACGUUGCCUACCUACCUAACGAAGGAAAAGAGGGAUAAACAUGUGAACCUGCUUUUAGUGCAAGACUGCUACGAACAAUCGACCAAGUUCCAUUAUGUUUGGAUAAAAAAUCUUUCACGGCUAGUAUCGAAGCAGUUAAGCAAAGAAAAAAGGCAAAAGUAUAUUUGCGAUAGAUGUCUACAUUUUUACCGUUCUGAAGAUAAAUUACAUAAGCAUAUUAAGGAUUGCAUACAAAAGAAUGAUACAGCCAUCAAGAUGCCUACAGAGGAAAAAAAGAUGUUGAAGUUUAAAAAUUUUAAAAAUAAAAUAAAAGCCCCCUUUGUCGUAUAUGCAGAUCUCGAGAGCGUUCUGAAACCUAGCACAAAAAAGACUGCAUACCAACAACAUAUUCCAGCAGCUGUGGGAUACUACUUCAAGUGCUCAUACGAUGAAUCUCUUUCGUUCUACAACAGCUACCGCGGUGAAGACUGUAUGCGAUGGUUUGCUGACGAGAUGAAUAAGCUUGCGGAAGAUGUCUCUACGGUGUUUCUUUGCCCCUACAAGAUGCAUAUGACACCACAGCAGGAACUUGAAUUUCAAGCAGCAACGCACUGCCAUAUUUGUGAACAGUCAUUUAAAUCUGGUCAAAAGAAAGUUCGAGAUCACAAUCACCUUAUCCCGGAGAACAACUUCCGCGGAGCGGCAUGUGAGGGAUGCAACGUCAACUACCAGGACACUCAUACAAUUCCGGUGGUGUUCCACAACUUGAGUGGAUAUGAUGCUCACUUUGUGGUAGCAGAUAUUGCCACUAGAAUGGACGGCAAGAUCGACUUGCUCCCUAUAACCAAGGAGAAAUAUAUUUCUUUUACCAAACACAUCAACGAGUCACGCAUAUGCUUUAGAUUUAUAGACAGCUUCCGGUUUAUGGCAUCAUCGUUAGAUAAAUUAUCAUCAGCUCUAACGAACUUUCCUAAUCUAAAGUCACAAUUCUCUACACUACCUGAAGAUCAAUUUAAUAUUUUAACUAAAAAGGGUAUUAUGCCGUAUGAUUACUUCGACUCGUUCGACCGUUUCGAUGAGCUGUGUCUGCCUCCUCAAGAUGCGUUUUACAAUAAAUUGGAAGAUAAGCCCUGUCCCAGAAGAAUGUAUCGUAGAGCUCAGGAGGUGUGGAGCAGAUUUAACUGCAGCAACUUGGGUCAAUAUGUUGACUUGUACAUGAAGACUGAUAUUCUACUCCUUGCAGAUGUCUUUGAACAGUUUAGAUCAAGCUGUAUUAGCACUUAUGAUUUAGAUCCGGCCCACUAUUUUACACUACCAGGCUUUACUUGGGAUGCCAUGUUGAAAUACACGCGACAAGAGCUGGAACUCCUUACCGACCAGGAUAUGUUUCUCUUUGUCGAGCGGGGUAUUCGUGGAGGGUUAAGUCAAGUCUGCUCUAAAAGAAGAGCUCAUGCAAACAACAAAUAUAUGUCCAAAUAUGAUUCAACGAAACCGGAUGUCUAUCUAAUGUACAACGAUAUCAAUAACCAGUAUGGCUGGAGUAUGAGUCAAUAUCUUCCAUAUGGAGGCUUUGAAUGGGUAGACUCCAACAUCGAUAUCACUACGAUUCCGGAUGAUGCAGAUGAAGGCUACAUUCUAGAAGUUGAUUUGGAGUAUCCACAGCAUUUGCAUGACGCUCACACGGAUUUACCGUUCUGUGCAUUACACAUCAACCCGAAGACUAUGAAACCGCCAACUGAAGCUGCGGAAAUUUCAAAACUCAUGGCGACCUUAAAUAAUAAAGAAAAAUACGUCAUCCACUAUCGAGCCUUGAAGCAAGCAUUAGCCCAUGGUCUAAUUCUCUCCAAAGUACAUAGGGUACUCAAAUUUAAACAGUCCCCUUGGCUAAAGUCCUACAUUGACCUUAAUACAGAACUAAGAAAAAAAGCCAAGAAUGAAUUUGAGAAGAACUUGUUUAAGUUGAUGAAUAACGCAGUCUUUGGGAAGACUAUGGAAAAUGUCAGAAAACGGGUUAAUAUCAAAUUACUAACGCAAUGGAAAGGACGUUACGGCGCAGAAUCAUACAUUGCGAAACCGGAAUUUAAAUCUUGCGCCAUUUUUAACGAAAACUUGGUAGCUGUAGAAUUGAAUAAGCUUGAAAUUUAUUUAAAUAAGCCUAUAUACGUGGGCCAAGCUAUUCUUGAUCUAGCCAAGACAACUAUAUACAGCUUCCAUUAUGACUACAUGAUGGAUAGAUUUGGAGAUAACUGCACUGUUCUUUACACAGAUACGGACAGCUUAAUUUACGAAAUUCGUGAACAAGACCCUUAUAUGGCUAUAAAAAGCGACUGUUUUAAAUAUUACGAUACUAGCGAUUAUGACCCCAAUAACCCAUAUGGCAUACCCCUUGUAAAUAAGAAAGUGUUGGGCAUGAUGAAAGAUGAAAAUAAUGGACAGAUAAUGACUGAUUAUGUAGGAUUACGAUCGAAACUGUACACCACUAAAGUGUUAUCCACUAAGGACGAUUUAAUAAAACUACAACAGAAAUUGGAAGCGGAGGAGUAUGAUGAGGAUGAAAUUGCUACGGUUAUUAAAAAUUAUGGUUUGACUAAGAAGGCAAAGGGGAUAAAGAAAAGUGUAGUGGAGACUAAAAUUACUUUUGACGAUUAUGUGGAAUGUCUAGAGACCUAUAAGCGCAAAACUACAUCUCAAAAUUUGAUUCGUACGGAUAAACAUCAAGUUUAUUCCAUAACGCAAUCGAAAAUUGCCCUAAGUCUUGAGGAUGAUAAGAGAUACCUGAUUCCUGACUCAUUUAACACUCUACCGUGGGGCCAUUAUGCUAUCAGUAAGCCUCAAGAUGUUGAACAGAUGGAAGUUGAUUAAGGUUGUGAUUUUUGAUGAAUUAGUUACAAAUUGUCAAAAUCCUAGGAAAUUUGUAUACAAAUUAGGAUAUUAUUUUAGGAAUAUUCUUAGACUAAAGGUUAUUAGCAAACUACCCCUGUAUAAAGCUAAAAAUAGUAAAUUCUUGUAUAAAUUUAAGAUUUCAUUGUUGCACAAGCAGUACUAUUAAAAAGGUAGGCCUAUUAGUUAUUUUUUAUACACCCUGUGUAGAGAAAUAUCUAAUGGGGAAUCCUAUAACGAGACCGUAAACAUCUCCAAUAAAUUGCAUUAUUUCUAGUGUGAAUUUAUUGCCUCCUGGGUGGUCAUGGAAAGAGGUGUAUCUACCCAAUAAUAAUUUAACUAAAGCUAUACAAGGUAGAUCGAUAAUUCGGUAACUUGUUCCUCUUCUAGAAUAUACGCAGCUAAAUGUCCAUUUUACUAUUUAACGAUUACGUAAUAUUAUGAUUUUGUUUAUAAUUGCACUUGUUUCAAGACAUGGAAGAUGUAGAAGCUUUUGUUGACGUUGUGUUAGAAAGUGUGCCUGUAAUUGAUGGACAUCGGCAGAGAGUCGCCAUUGUGCAAGAAGAAGUAAUUCAGUUGCCGCCUACCGUGGUGGAAUUUAACUUUGUCCCUGCCGGUGAAGGAAGCUCCAAAUUAAUAUAUCGCUAUCAGCCUCGAUCUCUGCAAACAUUAAGCGGAGCUGCGGUAUUGAAUAAGUUUAAAUAUCGUUCGUUUGUACCGGAAAAUAUAUACGGUUACAUCUACAUGCCCAAGAGAAUCCUGUAUUUCUUAAAGAAAUUAUGGCGAGCAAGACAACUGAAAAUUAUAUGGAGAACAGAAAUACAUGAAGCACUAACCAACAAGGAAAUAUGUAACAUAACCUCAAUUCGAACGUUAAAAAGCCGCUAUCCUACUACGUUAAUUGCAGGAAUUAAUAAUACUAGCAUCGUCCGUCACACUUAUACGCGCCAAUAUUACGAGGGUUCUGCUGCUCCUGAUGAGUCUACUGAAAUGUCACAUCCUUGGAUAACACCUUAUGUACCGGCAUCAUCAUCAUACUCGUCCCUCAAUGGUGACGAAGA